CACAAGGCGGUCGUUCGUCGGCGGUACCCAGAAAGAAUGGAAAGGCGGCCGCACGUCCUGGCAAUACCCUUCCCGGCACAAGGCCACGUGGGGCCUCUCAUGAAGCUGUCACGCCAGGUCGCUCGUCGCGGGAUCAGGGUGACGUUCAUGAACACGGAGUCUGUUCACACUCGGAUGCUUCAAGCAUGGGGGGACGGUGAUCGUCCUUGGGGUGGGAUUGAGAUGGCGACCAUUCCAGACGGGAUGGAAGAGAUUAAGGACAUGAGGGACAUAGAGAAAGUUGCUGAGAUGAGGGUGAAGGUCAUGUCCGGUCGGCUCGAGGAGCUGUUGAGGAAGAUGAAUUCGUCUUGGGACGAAAAGGUCACCUGUGUCCUGGCCGACGCGACUCUCGGAUGGGCCUUUGAGGUUGCUGAGAAAAUGGGGAUCAAGAGGGCCAUGUUUUGGCCAACUGUUGUACCAGGGUUGGUCUUAUCGAUCUCCACCCCACGUCUCGUCGAGGCCGGCGUGAUCGACAACUGCGGAUCUGCUUCUUCGGACACGGCAAUCCAGUUCUCGCCGAAACUUCCCGCCGUGAAAAGCGUAGAUUUCCUAUGGCGCUGUCCAGGUGACCAAAGAAGGGAGGAGAUCAUAUUCAGACAUGCUAUGAGCGUGAACAAGGCUGUCCAAAUCUCGAACUGGCUCCUCUGCAAUUCAUUCUACGAGCUUGAUCAUGCCGCUUGUGGAUUGAUCCCCGAACUACUACCUGUUGGCCCAUUAACUUCUACGGAUCGCCUUGGAAACUUUUGGGCAGAGGACCUCACUUGCCUGAACUGGCUCGACCUGCAACCUUGCGAAUCAGUCAUAUACGUAGCCUUUGGAAGUCUGGCGGCUUUUGACCAAAACCAAUUCGAAGAACUGGCCCUGGGACUUGAGCUCUCAGGGCACCCAUUCUUAUGGGUCGUGAGGUCAGGCUUCACUAACGUGGACGAGAUCAAGUACCCAGAUGGGUUCCUGGAGAGGGUAUCUGAUAGAGGAAAAAUAGUUUCGUGGGUACCGCAAGAAAAGGUCCUCGCUCAUCCUUCGGUUGCUUGUUUCAUGACGCACUGCGGUUGGAACUCGAUCAUGGAGGGCAUAAGCAACGGCGUGCCCUUCCUUUGCUGGCCCUGCUUCGCUGAUCAGUUCUAUAACAGGAGUUACAUAUGUGAUACGUUGAAGGUGGGAUUAGACUUGAAGGCAGAGGAGGCAGAGAUCGUUUCCAGGCACAAAAUACAAGCACAACUAGAACAGCUACUCUCUGAUGUGCAGAUAAAAGAAAAUGCAGAGAGGCUCCGAGGGAUGGCCAGGAGAAGUGUGUCUGAAGGGGGAUCGUCCUCUACAAACAUCCAGCAUUUCGUCGAACAGCUGAAAUGUUGUUCAGAAGCUGUCUAUCACUGUGACUAAAUAGUGCAAGUGUCCAGUACUCAAUUUCAUGGGAUUAGUAAUAAGAAAUAAGGUUCACACCAGUAAUCUCUCAUGAUGGUGAAUGACAGAUAGUAUUGAGAAA